GCUCCCAGGUGGCCCUGCGCGGCGGACGCGAGCGCGGUCUCCCGCGCUUGUUGGAACGCUGGGUCCAAGGUACAUUCGUGGGGCGCAAUGGCCGUGUGGAGCGAGCGGCUGGCUGGCGUGCGCGGGGUGUUGCUCGACAUCUCGGGCGUGCUGUUAGACUGCGGUGCGGGCGGCGGCGUGCCCAUCCCCGGUUCGGUGGAGGCGGUGGCGAGACUGAAGCAGUCCCAGCUGAAGGUGAGAUUCUGUACCAAUGAGUCACAGAGGUCCCGGGGAAAGCUGGUGGGGUUGCUUCAGCAGCUGGGAUUCGACAUCUCCGAGGCGGAAGUGACUUCCCCAGCGCCAGCCGCCUGCCAGAUCCUAAAGGAGCGAGGUCUGCGGCCACAUCUGCUCAUCCAUGAUGAAAUCCACUCAGAAUUUGAUAAGAUUGACACAUCCAACCCAAACUGUGUCGUGAUUGCAGAUGCUGCUGAUGCCUUUUCUUAUAAAAACAUGAAUAAAGCCUUCCAGGUGCUCAUGGAACUGGAAAAUCCUGUGCUCAUAUCACUGGGAAAAGGACGCUACUACAAGGAGACCUCAGGCUUGAUGCUGGACGUCGGAGCCUACGUGAAAGCACUCGAGUACGCCUGUGGCAUCGAAGCCGAGGUGGUAGGAAAACCUUCCCCAGAGUUUUUCAAGAGCGCCCUGGAAGUGAUGGGUGUGGAAGCCCACCAGGCCAUCAUGAUCGGGGAUGAUAUCGUGGGUGAUGUCGGCGGUGCCCAGAGGUGUGGAAUGAGAGCCCUGCUGGUGCGCACCGGCAAGUUCAGGCCCAGCGAUGAGCACCAUCCGGAAGUAAAAGCUGAUGGAUACGUGGACAACCUUGCGGAGGCCGUGGACCUGCUGCUGCAGCAUUUGGACAAGUGACAGGCCUUCAGGGAGGGCUCAGCCCCUUCCACCACUGCCCCUGACCUCCAUGCUUGGCACGGGCAGGUGAGGAAAGUUCUGGGCUGCUUUGACCCUGGGCCAGAACCAGCCAGGCCCCUUCCCAGCCUGCUGGAUGGAUGUUUGUCCCCAUGGUGAGGUCCAGGAAGUGGCUCAGAUGAGCUGGCCUCCAGAGAAUGAAAACUCUCUGGGCAUGCUGCGUGAGCCCCUCUGGGAAUGACCUGAGUCCUCACCUGCACCUGACCGCGUGCAGAGGUGAGUUGCCCACCGCCUCUUCAUCACACUCUGAGUAUCUGGCUGGAGAGCCUGGAGAAGACUCAGGGCUGCCUGUGCACACAUCAUGCACCCCGGAGCUAAGCCAGCCUCCCCUGUUCAGUGACCCCAUCCAAUGUGAGUGGCUGAUGAGCACUCCCUCCCCACAAAUAAUGCGAGCUUCUGGAUUCUCCUAUCCCCACAAGUCAGCAUAGCAGACAAAGGCUGGGGCAGCUCCUGGGGGCACUUCAAAGAUACCCUCUUCUACAGCAAGAAUCUCAUCCUCUGUCAUGAAGGUUGCAGGCACAGGAAGUACUCUGGAGCCAGCACUGGGUAGACUCGACUGUGUUGUGCCCAUGUGUAGAAGUCAAUGGCUCAAUAAACUUGGCCUUGAACAGCA